AUGUGCGACGACCGAUCCUUUAACAGGCUUCCAAUGAGGCAGCGGCCUCAAUCUCACCACACAAAUCUCGACCUACCUUUGAGGGGCGCUAGAAACUACAGGGCGAGCGAUUACCAAAGCCCUGUCGCCAAUCGAUAUAGUGAAGCUGUAGGCCAGUGUGCCACACUCACAUCAGACGAAUGGCAAGGUUCAACAACUGAGGCCAAUCCUCACCAUCGAAAUUCUUGUUGGUAUCCUGCACCUGCAAACGAUCACCUGAAACUGGAGCUCCUGCAGCUAUCGACAGACUUGUUUAGGCGAUGGGUGCCUGGGGUAGAGUACAUCGCGCCACCAGAAGACAGGUUGCAGCCCCAGGAACGAUUCAGGACACCUCGUCGCUAUUCAAGCAGGCGACAAGUGAAGCAGGAAGACGAAAUUGAUGAUGAGGAGUUCGUUUUUGUUUCUUAUGCACCCCGCACCAAGGCAUUCUUUCAUUUUGCUUGUCCCUUUUACAUCUACGAUCCAGAAAAACACCAACAAUGCCUCCUCACAGACGGCCUCAAGUCAAUCGAGGGUGUUAUUGAGCACGUCAUGAAACACCACUCCCGAUCACCGUAUUGUUCAAGAUGCUAUCAGAAGUUCAACUCUCUGAUUGAUCGCGAUGAUCACAUUUUGAGCGGUAGAUGCAAAAAGCGCUACCCAGACCCAACGGAUGGGGUCAAUGAAGACCAAAAGGCCUUAAUGAUAAGAGCCAAUGAUCAGUACUUGAGUGAAAAGAGGCGCUGGAAUCGUAUGUGGUCCAUUAUCCUUCCGGCUACGGAGUGGCCUCGGUCUCCAUAUCUGGAUCGGGGCCUUGGGCUCAAGACAUCAAUGGCACGGGACUUCUGGGGUUUAUAUGGUGUGCAACUUGUCUCAGAGAUUGUCGAGCAUCAGAAGCUGCCCGAUAUUCAAGAGAGUAACGCUCAUAGUGCACUCUACGAGUUAGGGCUGCAAGAUUUGUUGAACAUCAUUAUUCAAGAGUAA